CUGACUGAUUGAAGUCUUGACAGCCCGCAAGGGUCGGCAUCGUCCGCUCUCCCGUCCAGUUCGCCCGGAGUCUGCGCGCUCCGACAGCCCAUGUUCUUCAGCCCACGUGAGACGCGUCUUUGCUUUUGAAACAGCGCUGGGAGUUUUGCUGUCGAUACGCUGCGUCCGAUUUGGUUGGGCUGAUUUCCGGCCAGAAACUUCAGGAUGGUUCGUGCUAAGAGCUGGACCCUGAAGAAGCACUUUGAAGGCAGCCCUACUCACAGCAACUUCGAGUUGAAGACGGUUGAACUCCCGUCCUUAAAAAAUGGAGAGGUCCUGCUGGAAGCUUUGUUCCUUACUGUGGAUCCGUAUAUGAGAGUGGCGUCCAAAAAAUUGAAGGAGGGUGAUGUGAUGAUGGGGCAGCAAGUGGCCAGAGUUGUGGAAAGUAAAAACUCAGCCUUCCCAGCAGGAGCUCUGGUAGUAGCUUUUUCAGGCUGGUCGACGCACUCUAUUUCUGAUGGGAAAGAUCUGGAAAAGCUACCCACAGAGUGGCCGGACACCAUCCCAGUGUCUUUGGCUCUGGGAACAGUGGGCAUGACAGGGCUAACCGCCUACUUUGGCCUACUUGACAUCUGUGGUGUGAAGGGUGGAGAAACAGUGAUGGUUAAUGCGGCGGCAGGUGCGGUGGGCUCUGUAGUGGGGCAGAUAGCUAAGCUCAAGGGCUGCAAAGUUGUUGGAGCAGCAGGGUCUGAUGAAAAGGUGGCCUACCUUAAAAAGCUGGGAUAUGAUGUUGCCUUUAACUACAAAACAGUGGAGUCUUUAGAAGAAACUUUGAAAAAAGCCUCUCCUGAUGGCUAUGAUUGUUACUUUGAUAACGUAGGUGGAGAGUUUUCAAACAUUGUUAUUCCCCAGAUGAAGAAAUUUGGAAGAGUUGCUAUAUGUGGGGCCAUCUCUACAUACAAUAGUACUCGCCCGCUUCCCCCAGGCCCACCUCCAGAGAACAUCAUCUAUCAGGAGCUCCGCAUGGAAGGGUUCAUCGUCACCCGCUGGCAAGGAGAGGUCCGCCAGAAGGCUCUGAAAGACUUGCUGCAGUGGGUCAUGGAGGGUAAAAUCCAAUACCACGAAUACAUCACUGAAGGAUUUGAAAACAUGCCAGCUGCAUUUAUGGGAAUGCUGAAAGGAGAUAAUUUGGGAAAAACAAUAGUGAAAGCAUGAAAAAAAUGAUACAUGGAAUCUAGCAUUUGGGUGAUUAAUUUCUUUUUAACCAUUUAGUAAAAAUGUGUAUUACCUUCAUUAUCUAAGAGACAGUCAUUGUGAUGAGUUUGAUCUACCUAUUAAAACACAUUUAACUGGUAUGUAAUUGGAA